AUGAACAACCGAAGGAGGGGUAGCGGAGCCCCAUACGAGGACCGGAGGAAAGAACCUGGAGAUAGCUCCUCCAGACAUACCCAAUCGGCUAGUAAACAGCACAGAAAUGAUGCCAGGGAGAGGAAUAGCCAAGCCAACACCAUUGACAACUUUGGAAGGAAGGUAUGGGACAAAGAUUAUUACAAAAAGAAAGCGGAAGAGAAGACAACAAAUGAGGAGGACGAACUUAUUCUAAAAUUAUUACCUGAGUUGAAGCAAAGGACAGUGCCUUCUCCUCCACCUCCAUCUGAGAGGAAGCUAUUAGAGGGAAGGAAAGAAGUUCUCUCACUUGAAAAAAACCUAGGAAAGGUUCAAAUAGUAACGGAAAAAACGAUAAAACAAGAGCAAGGAGGUUACUACUGUAAAAUAUGUGACUGUGUGUUGAAAGAUUCUCAGACCUAUCUGGACCACAUCAAUGGUAAGAAUCAUAACCGAAUGCUUGGCUAUAGCAUGAAGGUGAAGAGAGUGGCGCUUAGCGAUGUUGUUAACAAACUGAACGUCCUGCGGGAUGCGAAGAGGAAGAAGUCGCAGCAGGAUAAAGUUCCUGUGGACGCCGAUCCGGAGAGAAGCGUCAAAAAGAGGCUCCUCGAUUGGCAGCAAAUGGAGGACAUGAAAGCGGAACGGCGGAAGGAAAAGAAGCUACUAAAAAAGUUGGAGAAGCAGCGGAGGGCUGGACAGGAAGAGGCCGGAGCGCUGGAGGAGGACCACCAGGAGGAUGCCGAAGAUGCUCAGUUAAGGAAGAUGGGUCUGCCCACCUCCUUUGCCUGA